UGCUCCAGGGGUGGCUGGACAGGUGUGAAAGGCCAGGAUCAAGAGCAUCCCCUUUGAGAGGGGCCUUGGGAGGUGGGGUGAGGCUGCAGGCGGGGGCGGGGCGGGAGAGCUCUGUUUGGCGCCCUUCAUUCCAUUAAAUCCACGUUCUUCCCACCAGCUGCUAGCAGUUCCGCUUGGUUUCUGCCCCGACCCACCCCUGCCUUGCUGCCUUGCCCACCUCCUCACUUUAAAGUGGGGCUUUUAGGGACUUCCCUGGUGGCGCAGUGGUUAAGAGUCCGCCUGCCGAUGCAGGGGACACGGCUUCGAGCCCUGGUCCGGGAAGAUCCCACAUGCCGCAGAGCAACUAAGCCCGUGCACCACAAAUACUGAGCCUGCGCUCUAGAAACCGCGAGCCACAACUACUGAGCCUGCGCUCUAGACCCUGUGAGCCACAACUACUGAGCCCUCGUGCCACAGCUACUGAAGCCCGCGCGCCUAGAGCCUGUGCUCAGCAACGAGAAGCCACCGCAAUGAGAAGCCCGUGCACCACAGCAAAGAGUAGCCCCCGCUCGCCACAACUAGAGAAAGCCCGUGCACAGCAACGAAGACCCAACACAGCCAAAAAUAAAUAAAUCAGUUAAUUAAAAAAAAAAAAAAAGGCGAUGGAGGGGAGAAGGAGGAGGCACCUGAGCCCCCGCUGGAGGAAGGAGGAGGAGAGCGGCUGGGCUUCUUCCUGCCCGAUUUCCCCUGCCGUCUCCUUGCCUUGACCUCGCCUGUCCAAACUGUGUGCGCCCGCCAGGGGCUUGGUGUCAGGGGUACGAGAGCGGGACAGCAGGGACCGCGGGCGGAGCAGGGCACUACCCGGCUGGGCCAGAAGAGGGAGCCGCUGCCUCGGGACCACCACGCUGCUCCGCUCGGAAGGAACAUGGAUAGAUGCGGAUGCGGCAGCCCCGGCGCGGCCACGAUGGCGGCGCACCGCGGGGACCUCCGCUCGGCUGCGGGGCCUGAGCGCGCAGAUGCGCCCAGAGAGGAGCCAGGUGGGAGGCAGAGCCUGUGCGACGUCGGGGUCAGCGGGUCUGGCCUUGGCGCCCCCGUCCCCCGCCCCCGGCUCCCACAGGCGUGCGCCGCAGCCUGGCUCUGGGCAGGUGCCUGGAGCUGGAGCGGGCGCGUGUGUCCGGCGCCCACGGGGGAGCGGGGACACACAGCAGCCCUUCCCCCCGCAUGUCUUCCUGUGUCCCCACCUCUGUUCAUGUAGCUCUUCUUCCCGAGCUGUUCCUGGGAGGUGCAGGGCAUUUCCUGGGCGAUUUUCUUACGAGUCAGUUAAUGGGAAAAUGCACCGAAGUCUUCAGGUUUUGAUUCUUCGCCGUUGGGAGAGUUUAUUAAAAUCGGUGACAGCAGCCCUGCUGUGUGUUGGCCUUGGUGGUUCCUUCCUGGACAGUGGCUGGGCACCCCCCAGUGUGCCAGGAGCAAGGCAGUCCUAAGAUGGAAGAAAUGUCUGCUAGAGAAACGUGUGGGCCUCGAGGUCCCACACCUGGCGUCUCCACCCGUCUGAGGACAUUUCCAGGACACCUACUGCAUGGUGCUGUGCUCAGGAUUCACGAGGAGCAAAGACAGAUACAUCUCUUGAAGGACAAAGGAUGACAAACGCUGUGGAAGAGAAGCAAGCUUCUCCUCCCCCCACCACCUGGGCCCGAAGAAGCAUCUUUAUUAUCCGGAAGGGGGCACUGUCUGUCCUGAGUGAAUGGCCCCGGACAGUCCUGUAUGAGCACCGCGAGGACAUCUCAGAAACAGCGAUGAGGACCCCGUUCUGGAGAAGCUCACCGGGCACGUCGUGGGGACACAGAUAUUUAUUCAACAAGUACCAGUUCACCACUGAUGGCCGUCAGGCAAUCAGACAAGUCCCAGCUGUGUGCUGAGUGCCCGGAGGUCCCCAGAGCAUCGUCACUGCUGCCUGGGACACUCCAGCAUCCCAGCCCCUGCUUCCAGACGACCCUUCAGCAAACAUCACCAAGUGCCCUGAAGCACCGACAACACGCUAAGCAGUCUCCCAGACUGCCUUUCGCCCUCCCAGCAACUCUGUGAAGUAGGUGUUGUCACGCACCCUUGAUGGGUCGGUAGACAGAGGCUCAGAUGCUUGUCUGGCCGACAGACAAAGGAGGCGUCAAACCCAGGCCUGUCUACCUGCAAACCUGGGUCCUUUCUAGGUUCUUGAGGUGUUCUGGCACCUUCUCUAGGAAAAUCCCAAGGAAGAGGGUUGUGGCUGUGAAGGUCCAGAGCCUUGCUCUGAAACCACAGAGGGCAGGUACUUGGUGGAAAAGUCCAGCAGUGAGUCACCUCCUCCCACCCCCUCGUCAGCGAGGCCAGUUCCCCUCCCGAGAUCUCAGCUUCCAGCCUGGCUGUUGGUGGUGCCCAUCCUACCACCCCGGUGAGAGAGGGCUGUGCCCACCGGAGGAGAAGGAGCCAGCGCCAGAGGGGGCACGGAAGACUUAAAGCCCAGAGAGGAGGUGUGAUUUGCCUAAGGUCACACAGCAACGUGGCCGCUCAGCUCCCCAGUUACUGUACUGCCUUUGAUCCCUUCUGGCCUGGAGGCCGGAGGCUGGGCGGGUGACACCCACUGACACUGAGCAGCCGGGCAGAAGGGCCAGCGGGGACGGCAGCUGACUGUGAAGAUCAGAAGAGACUUGGAAUAAGAGUCCCCGAGCUUGGGUUUCAAUCCCAAUCUGGUCCUGAAUGGUCUCAGGCCGCGCCUCUCCUGCCGUCCUGCCCACUCCCCUCUGUAGCCUCCCAGCCCGUCCAUGGCUGCAGACGACAGAAAAGUGGCAGUCCCCAAGGAUGGGCCUUCUGUGGUCUCCUGGGUCCCUGAGGAGGGAGAGAAGUUGGACCAGGAAGGCAAGGACCAGGUGAAGGAUCGGGGCCAGUGGAGCAACAAGAUGGAGUUCGUGCUGUCCGUGGCCGGGGAGAUUAUCGGGCUGGGCAACGUCUGGAGGUUUCCCUACCUCUGCUACAAAAACGGGGGAGGAGCCUUCUUCUUCCCCUACUUCAUCUUCUUCUUCACCUGCGGCAUCCCAGUGUUCUUUCUGGAAGUGGCGUUGGGCCAGUACACCAGCCAGGGCAGCGUCACAGCCUGGUGGAAGAUCUGCCCCCUCCUCCAGGGCAUUGGCCUGGCGUCUGUGGUCAUCGAGGCCUAUCUGAACGUCUACUACAUCAUCAUCCUCUCCUGGGCCCUCUUCUACCUGUUCAGCUCCUUUACCUCCGAGCUGCCCUGGACUGCCUGCACCCACUCCUGGAACACAGAGCACUGCAUGGACUUCCCGAACCGCUCAGCAGCUGGCGCGGCGGCCCCGCCCGUGAACUUCACCUCCCCCGUCAUGGAAUUCUGGGAGAGACGUGUUCUGGGCAUCAGCUCCGGCAUCCACGACCUGGGGGCCCUGCGCUGGGAGCUGGCCCUCUGCCUCCUGCUUGCCUGGGUCGUCUGCUACUUCUGCAUCUGGAAGGGGGUCAAGUCCACGGGCAAGGUUGUCUACUUCACAGCGACGUUCCCCUACCUAAUGCUGGUCAUCCUACUGAUCCGGGGCAUCACCCUGCCCGGAGCCUACGAGGGCAUCAUCUACUAUCUAAAACCAGAUUUGCUUCGGCUCAAGGACCCCCAGGUGUGGAUGGACGCAGGCACCCAGAUCUUCUUCUCCUUCGCCAUCUGCCAGGGGUGCCUGACGGCCCUGGGCAGCUACAACAAGUACCACAACAACUGCUACAGGGACAGCAUCGCCCUCUGCUUCCUGAACAGCGCCACCAGCUUCGUGGCCGGGUUUGUGGUCUUCGCCAUCCUGGGCUUCAUGUCCCAGGAGCAGGGGGUGCCCAUCUCUGAGGUGGCCGAGUCAGGCCCCGGUCUGGCCUUCAUUGCCUUCCCCAAGGCUGUGAGCAUGAUGCCCCUGUCCCAGCUGUGGUCCUGCCUCUUCUUCAUCAUGCUCAUCUUCCUCGGGCUGGACAGCCAGUUUGUCUGUGUGGAGUGCCUGGUGACAGCCUCCGUGGACAUGUUCCCCAGGCAGCUCCGGAAGAGCGGGCGGCGGGAGCUCCUGAUCCUUGCCAUCGUGGUCCUGUGCUACCUGAUCGGGCUCUUCCUGGUCACCGAGGGCGGGAUGUACAUCUUCCAGCUGUUUGAUUAUUACGCCUGCAGUGGCACGUGCCUGCUGUUCCUUUCCGUGUUUGAAGUGAUCUGCAUCGGCUGGGUGUACGGGGCCGACCGUUUCUAUGACAACGUGGAGGACAUGAUUGGCUACCGGCCGUGGCCCCUAGUGAAGAUCUCCUGGCUCUUCCUGACCCCGGGCCUUUGCCUGGCCACUUUCCUCUUCUCCUUGAGCAAGUACACACCUCUCAGAUACAACAACGUCUACGUGUACCCGGCCUGGGGCUACUUCAUCGGCUGGCUCCUGGCUGGCUCCUCCAUGAGCUGCGUCCCACUCUUCGUCGUCGUCGCCCUCCUGAAGACCCAGGGUUCCUUCAGGAAGCGCCUGCGGCAGCUCGUCACCCCUGACCCCAGCCUGCCACAGCCCAAGCGACACCUGUGUCUGGACGGUGGCAGCAGCCAGGACUGCGGGCCCUCCCCAACGAAGGCGGGUCUCAUGGCCGGGGAGAAGGAGACGCACUUGUAGGAUGUGGCUGGAAACCAGGUGGCUACUGAGCCAGGAAGCUGGGUCAGGGCCCCCGUGCCCCCGGCGGACAGCCUUCACCUCUGCCCCCUCCUGCAGCCCUGCCGAGAAGCUCUGUGAUGUCCGUGGGCAUCCCCUCCCGGUGGGCUAGAGAGGGUGCCGCCGGAGCCUGCCUUGCCUGUUGGAACACCCCGUCUUAUCUGUGAAGGAGGUGGUCUUUCCGGAGCCCACCGUCUGGUUAGAACAACUGCAGUGUGCAACAGCGGAUCACCCACUGUAGGGAGGCUUCCUCUUAGCACUUAGGAUCUCUGUGCCUGGGGAGGGUAGCGCCCCUAGAGAUACACGCCAUGUUGCAUGUGACAACUGAACACCCCACGCUGGGUCCUGACGCUCCACUGGAGGGCUUCCUCACCUGGCUUAGUGUCCUGGAGCUCGCGGGAAGGAACCAGAGAAACGGCCACCGUUGUCUUGCAUUUUCCCGGAGGCGGUGUCACAAGGUGUCCCCAGCUCCAGCCCUAGUUCCACGCCCGCCUUGCAGCGGUGUCCUUAACGCACAGAGCAUUGGGGUGGUGGGGGCUCAGGAGGGCCCCCCCCCACACUUGGCAAAUAGGCACGACCGUGGGCCUGCACCCAGGACAGACAUGGCUAGUCGGCUGCACGUUCUGUCCCAGCUGAUGCCCUCCAGAGACAGUGCCCCCGGCAGCUCCCGACCCCGACUUCAUGGAUGAGGAAACUGAGGAACCCAAGGGACAAAAUGAUUUUUCAAGUUCAAGAAGCUCCUCGGGGCCAGAGACACGACUAAAGCCGGGUGUCCUGCUCUCAGGCCGGUGUCCCUCCCACUGCCCCCUCCUGCCUUGUUAACAAGCACCCGUGGGUCA